GUACUUUCGCUCUUGUUGCCCAGGCUGCAGUACAAUGGCGCGAUCUUGGCUCACUGCAACCUCCGCCUCCCAGGUUCAAGUGAUUCUCCUGCCUCAGCCUCCUGAGUAGCUGACACUACAGGUGCCCACCACCAUGCCUGGCUAAUUUUUGUAUUUUUAGUAGAGAUGGGGUUUCACCAUGUUUUCCAGGCUGGUCUCAAACCCCUGACCUCAGGUGAUCUGCCCACCUCGGCCUCCCAAAGUGCUGGGAUUACAGGCGUGAGCCACCACACCCGGGCUCAUGUCAAUUUUUCAUAGUAAUCCCCAUGUCCCAGCUGUCAUUUUAUUUCUAGAGCUAGACAAACUGUUCAGGUUCCUUGAUUCUUUCCAGGGAGUUGGGGUGGCUCAUGGGAUUUUCUUAGGCUUUUGGUGUAGCAUUAACACAAUUUAUUGUGAGAUGUUGACAGUUGAGUAUUUUGAGAAGAAAAUUACAUUAUAAAAAACAACAAAGGCAACCAAUUUUUUUUUUCCUUUUGUUUUUUGAGACAAGGUCUUGCUCUGUUACGCAGGGAGUGCAGUGGUGCAAUCAUGGCUCACUGCAGCCUCAACCUCCUGGACUCAAGUGAUCCUCCCACUUCAGGCUCCUGAGUAGCUGGGACUACAGGUGCACGCCACUACUCCCAGCUAAUUUUUUAUUUUUUGUAGAGACAGGAUUUUCCUAUGUUGCUCAGGUUGGUCUUGAACUCCUGAGCCCAGGCAAUCCCCCCCACCUCAGCCUCUCACAGUGCUGGGAUUACAGGCGUGGGCCACUGCACUCUGCCAAAGCAACCAAUUCUUUAGUUCUACACGGAUUAGAACCUUCCUUUUCUUUGACAUAAUCCUUUUGUCAAAAGACAGUUUUACAUAAAUUGUUUGGCACCCCACUCCAUGCCUGGCGCAAAGCAGAUAUGUAAAUGUGUGCCCAUGCAAGAAUCAAAUCCUUUAUGUCAGUCCAGAAUGAAGUAGAUAAAACAAGAAAUGCUUAUAAAUUAAGGCUUUGGUGGCAGGAUUUAGGCAGCUGAGAAAGCACACCUUUUUAUUCUUCACAAGCAUCACCUUGUGAAAGAUGCCUACGCUCUUAGGUCGAGAGAGGAAAUUUAAGAAUGAAUACACGUUGGGCUAAAACUUCACUAUAUUUCAUCCUAAGAGGGAACCAGACCUCGAAGUUGGGAAGGCUCUUGCUUAUAAAGGGAAAUGUGCCGUAAUUCCUGUCAUUUUACUUGGGUCUUUUAAAAACGGCAAAUUCUCAUCUUCCACUGGCUGAGAGUAAAAAGAAAGAAAAGCGGUAAAGACUUCUUUUUGUGCGUAGGUGGCCCCGGUGUUCACGCUGAAUACAGAUUUUUACACAAUAAAAUCUUAAAUAUCUCUACAUGGAACGGAAUCCAUUUUUCCUGCCUCGGGAAGGAUUUCUGCGCUCUCGGGUGAAGUUCCUGAAGCAAGGAACCAGUUCCCCUCUACCUGUACUCUCGAGAGGAAUUCUCAGGUCAUCUGAAACACAAGUAUGGGCCAGGACGACCCAUUCGUUCACGCGGCCCAGAGCUCUGCGAAACGGGACACGGCAGUGCAACGGGAACAACCGGACACCGAGGCCCCCCAAGGCUGAGGCCGCGGCAGAGGCGGCGGCACGGUGACGGGCGCGACUCCGGCCUUCCGGCUUUCUAAGGGGCCGCCCCGGGACACCUGAGCCCCGCGGGGCCGUGAACGCUCAGCACAGCUCCGGGCCGGAAUCACGAUCCAGCAGCACCGCGCUGGCGCUGGGAACGGCGUCGGUGACGGACCGGGGGCCGGAAGUGAAGGACGGGGGAGGACCUCUGCUUCCGGCGCCGUAACUGCUGCCAUCUUCUCCGCGCUAUGGCUGCGUUCAGCCGUCAGGUCCUUGACUGGCACCGCCUGAUCCCCCUCACCUGGGCCUGUAUGGCUAGGCAGACUCUUCAUCUUGGAGAACAGAGAAGGACGACAGCUUCUUUGUUGCGCAAACUGACUACAGCCUCCAAUGGAGGGGUCACUGAGGAGUUAUCUUGUGUUAGAUCCAAUAACUAUGUGCAGGAACCAGAGUGCAGGAGGAAUCUUGUUCAGUGCCUCCUUGAGAAGCAGGGGACUCCUGUGGAACAAGGGUCCUUGGAGCUAGAGAGGGUCAUGAGUUCCCUCCAGGACAUGGGUUUCAGCAAUGCCCAUAUUAAUGAAUUGCUCAGUGUACGGCGAGAUGCCAGUCUUCAACAGUUGCUGGACAUCAUUUCAGAAUUUAUUCUCUUGGGUCUGAAUCCAGAGCCUGUGUGUGUGGUCUUGAAGAAAAGUCCCCAGUUAUUGAAACUGCCUAUUAUGCAAAUGAGGAAGCGCUCCAGUUACCUGCGAAAGCUUGGGCUUGGAGAAGAAGGAAACAUCAACCCAAACCCGCAAUAUGGAGGAAACUACUCUCCCAUAUUACUCUCUGAUCUUUCCAGUAAAUGCCUGGGAAAUUCUUUUCCAAGUGAGGAGGACAAGAGGAGACCCAAAAUACAAAGUUGGCACCUUUCAGGGAAAUUAAAGAGGGUGCUUUACUGUUGCCCUGAAAUUUUCACCAUGCGCCAGCAGGACAUUAACGACACUGUCAGGCUUCUCAAGGAGAAGUGCCUUUUCACGGUACAGCAAGUCACCAGGAUUUUGCACAGUUGCCCCUCUGUUCUUCGAGAGGACCUGGGUCAACUGGAAUACAAGUUUCAGCAGCCUCGUCUUACAGCGGUGACUGCAAAGAAAAAGACUUUUGUUUUGCAAAAGAAAAGCAGCUUGGUGACUCCGUCCACAUCGCCACAGUUGAGUCAGAUGGCAGUGGCAGUCCUUUGCCAGUGGAAGGAGUUCCUGCUUAGGGGAGGUGCAGGAGAACUAAUUUAUUAUUGUGCAACUGCCAGUCCUGCGCAUUCCAGCUACGCUAAGUGCCCUGCCCAGGCAUGUAACAAAACAUAGACCUGUUUUGAAGUGGCUUGUUACCCAAGGGUGCCUCACUCUCAUCUGCACCACCAGGAAGGUGAACUGUGAGGGCUCCUAUAAGGGGCAGGAGGAGCAAAGCUGUCUUAGGCCAACCAGAGAUUCAUCUUUCAUGCAGUGACAUGUUGAUAAAAAAUGAUGGUCAGUAUGAAACUGGUAACAGGUUGUAGAUGGCUUUCUAUGGUAUAUCCCAGUCUCUUGCAAACGAUUGUGAAGAAUGCCAGUGUUGUUUAAGAUUCAGCAGUUUGUGUGGGGAGGUGGGGGCAGGAUGGGGGUUUGGUUGCCAAAAGAGUUUGGGAAAUGCUAGCUUAAACAAAAACGAGAGAAAGUUCCUUUCAUGUCAGGAUUUAUGAAUGCCUAUGAGUCUAGUGUCAGUGACGACUUUCUAGUGACGGUCUUCAAGACUUUCUAAAUAUUAAGUGAUCAAGGCCCCUGCCCCACUUUUAGUUCCAAUAGAAUGCCAUUCACAAGAUCUGGGAGGCACUCUCUUAGCCCUCUCCUGGAGCCCCCGGAAUUUCUCAGCAGCCCAGGCCCUCCCGCUGCCCGUGGCCCCUCCUCCCAGGUGCCAGGUGGUCUUCCAGCCUCUCCAAGGGCCCACCCCCCUGCCUCUUCCUCCCACUGCAGCUGAUCUAGGGGUUUCUGGGCCACAUUUCCCUUGAGAGAGAGUGGGAUUUGCCCUAUCCACAGAGAGCCUCAUUUCCACCUGAAGGUGUAUUCGUCAGUGGCUAGACCAGGUUCAUCUCUGUUUCCCCUUGGGGACUUCUGAAACCUUCCUGCCCGGGAGUCUGUAACACAGCAGCACAGGACCGCACUUCCUUUAGCAGUGCUGAGUAAGCAGGCAGCGGCACUCUGAGAGCCCGGGGCUGGGCAGUCGCCCCCCACUUCCCAGCAGCUCUGUGGUAGUGGGGCGGGAGCAGCAGGGACGUACCUUAAGAUUUCUCCAGUGUCUGACUCUUACUUUGUUUCCUGAAAUAAUUAGAGAAAAGUCGUUUAAUGAAAAAGAGACUGUGUACCUUGAAUUCUACAGCUACCUCAGUCCAGGCUGCCUGCUGAGAUCCUGUCUUUAGCUCACAUACAUUCCGCGGUGGGGGACACCAUUAGUUCAGACACUGCUGUGGAGAUUAGCAUUUUAGUUUGUGUGCGCCCGCCUGGCUUGAGGCAGUAGUUUAGGAAUGACAAGGCUAGAAACCUGGCUGGCUGUGAGUCAGAGAGAGAGAGGACGGACGUGGGAGAAAGCAAGCAAAAGCUACCCUAGGGAAGAGCCAGUGACAUGCACAGGCCGAGCAGCACGGCUGGUGAGCUGCAGGCUGCGGCCUUGCCCGGACACUUGGUAAUGCCAAACAAGUACGUGUGGCUACUCAUUGGUCUAUGAGGACGAUGACAGGCUUCGACUCUGUGGUUUCUAAAGCAUAUAAUAUUCUCACGUACUUCUUUCAGCAAACCCCAAACAGUAGUAAUUCUUGUAACUACCUUGAACCCUUUGUGGAAAGAACCUGGGUGUGAGUGAAUAAAAAGUAAAGAGCGAUGUGCUAUAUUGGCCAUUAAAUACUCGGGGCUGUCAGUAACACCCUGUGCUUCCCAAUUGUAGCACCAUGUUCUGUGUGAAUAUGCAUAACCAGAGUGACCCCCCCCCCCAGCACCCAGCAUGCCCGGCUGUGCCCCUCUGGGUAUGCUCACAUGCACAUAUAUGGACAUACAGUUUCGUAGCAGAACAUGGCUGCCCAGGGGCUGCCUAUCUGGGCGAGUAGACCGCCUGGCUCAGCCCACAGGCCUGCAGCAUCCCAUAGCACUGCCGCCCUUGCCCCAUCACCCUGUGGGCUACAUGCAGGACACGGCAUGGGCCUGCUCCCCAGAGGCACCUGUUUGGGGUCUUCUUGAGGCUUGUGCUUUCACAGCUCUCUUUGAAGCAGAUGUCUUGGUGAACUCUGUAGACUCUUUUAUACCUGUUGUCACAAGAAAGCUUUGUAAAACCAGACAAUGAAGCAAAAUGUUGCCAACUGCUUAACCUAGGCUAUGUGAACCCACAGGUAAACCUGAAGGUGUUUGAGGGAAAAGCUGCUAUUUUCUGAAUGAAACAUGACCUCCUAUUGAUGUAUUAAAAUGUCUAACAUAAAGGUCAUGUGAUUUGUAACAAAUUUAUUGCAUAUACAGUAAUAUGCAUAAAAUAAACCCAUUUUAAUGUGCAUUCUGAUGAGCAGUGACAAAGGAUAUGGUACUAAAAAUAAAAUGUGAAAUGUCAAA